AUGUUGCGAUGGCUGAUCGGGGGAAGCCGAGAACCCCAGGGGCUGGCCGAGAAAUCUCCUUUACAGACAAUAGGUGAAGAACAAACCCAGAACCCCUACACUGAACUGCUUGUACUGAAAGCUCAUCAUGAUAUUGUACGGUUUCUGGUACGGCUAGAUGACUACAGAUUUGCAUCUGCUGGUGAUGAUGGACUUGUAGUUGUGUGGAAUGCCCAGACAGGAGAAAAACUUUUGGAACUCAAUGGACACACUCAAAAGAUAACAGCUAUUAUUGCAUUUCCUUCCUUGGAAGCAUGUGAAGAAAAAAAUCAGCUCAUCUUGACAGCCUCUGCUGAUAGAACAGUUAUUGUAUGGAAUUGUGAUACUGGCAGGCAAGUUCAAAAAGUGUCAUGCUUUCAGUCUACUGUAAAGUGUUUAACAUUUCUUCAGAGACUAGAUGUUUGGCUGUCUGGUGGGAAUGACCUAUGUGUGUGGAACCGAAAAUUAGAUCUCCUAUGUAAGACUAGUCACCUUUCUGAUACAGGGAUCAGUGCUUUGAUCGAAAUACCUAAGAACUGUGUUGUGGCAGCAGUUGGCAAAGAACUGAUAAUUUUCAGGUUGGUAGCGCCCAUAGAAGGAUCACUAGAAUGGAAUAUUCUUGAAGUUAAGCGCCUCCUUGAUCAUCAAGAUAAUAUUCUUUCAUUGGCUAAUAUCAAUGAUCUGAGUUUUGUGACUGGCUCCCAUGUUGGAGAGCUGAUCAUCUGGGAUAUCCUGGACUGGACCAUGCAGGCCUGUGAACACAACUUCUGGGACCCAUUUCCACAGUUGGACACUCAGCAAGAAAUAAAACUCUGUCAAAAACCAAAUGACAUUUCUAUUCAUCAUUUGACAUGGGAUGAAGAGAAUGUAUUUGUUGCAGUUGGAAGGGGUUUAUACGUGUAUAACCUUCAAAUGAAGCGUGUGAUUGCCUGCCAGAAAACUGCCCAUGACUCCAGGGUCCUGCACAUUGCCAAGCUUCCAAACAGGCAGUUAAUCUCAUGCUCAGAAGAUGGCAGUGUACGCAUUUGGGAGUUACGAGAAAAACAGCAAAUUGCAGCUGAAUCUGUACCAACAGGUUUUUUUAACAUGUGGGGAUUUGGAAAAGUGAACAAACAAGCCAGCCAACCUGUUAAAAAGCAACAAGAAAAUGCCACUUCAUUUUUACUGGAGCUUAUUGGAGAUUUGAUUGGACACUCUUCAUCUGUAGAGAUGUUUCUAUACUUUGAAGAUCAUGGACUAGUGACAUGCUCCGCUGAUCAUCUCAUUAUUUUAUGGAAAAACGGAGAACGUGAAUCUGGAUUGCGCAGUUUAAAAUUAUUUCAGAAAUUAGAGGAAAAUGGUGACUUGUAUCUUCCUGCCUAG